UUCUGAGACCCAGAAGCGCAGUCGCGCGCCUCUCCGUGUCGGCAGUUUAGCGCCACUAGAAGGAGUAUCUGUGCGCGCGCACUUGAUCCGCACAGCGCCGGGCUGCAAGCCGCGUCUCCACACGGGAAAGCGGAGUCAAUGGACGGCGGACGGGUGUGCACAGUAGGAGCUCUCCUGCGCUCGGGCCCGAGGAAGCGCUCGGAAUAAUGGGGAACAGCUCGCCGAAGCCGUUGCUCGAUGCAAACUUACAACACCGGCCGGUGGCCAGCAGACAGUAUUAUACAUUGCCUAGCAGCAGCACUGAGCGGCGAGCUUCAGCCCCUCCGGUCAACAUCAGCAUUGAGUCACCCCGCUUCCACCCCCAAGCCAAGGGGAAGAACAUCCGGCUAGACUCGCAGCUGCGCAGGGCCACACGCAAGAGCAGCUUUUGCAAUGGCAUCACGUUCAGCCAGCGUCCCUUGCGGCUUUACGAGCAGGUGCGCUUGCGUCUGUCGGCUGUGCACAGCGGCUGGAGUGGAGCGUUGCGCUUCGGCUUCACCAGCAUGGACCCAGGUGACCUCGCCGCUUCAGACAUCCCCAAGUACGCCUGCCCUGACCUAGUGACGCGGCCAGGGUACUGGGCCAAGGCCCUUCCCGAGAGGCUGGCCCUCAGGGACAACGUAUUGGCUUUCUGGGCCGACCGACACGGUCGGGUGUUCUACAGCAUCAACGAUGGCGAGCCAGUCCUCUUCCACUGUGGGCUAAGUGUCGGCUGUCCCCUCUGGGCCAUCAUUGACAUCUAUGGAAUCACACAGGAAGUGACCCUACUUGAGAGCACCUUUGCUGAAAGCAUGACCUCCAGCCGUCUGAGUACCGCUCGAAUCAGCGCCUACCUACCACAGAGUAACCAUGACUCGGCCAACUACAGUAACAACCAGCUGGAGACCAACCAGGCAGCCGCUGCCAAGAUUGCCACCCUGCAGCUCAGCAGCUACAAUCAGCUGAUCCCAUGUUGCUCCUCCACCUCCUCAUCCUCUUCCUCCACUGCGUCCCAUCGAGCCAUGCGGUACCUUCCAUCCCCGCUGGACUCUGACUUGCACUUCCACCCCAUACGUGGCUCUGACAUCAUCCUCUCAGCUGACCGCUCAGCAGCCUGUAUCCACUUCCUGGACAGCAGCCGGACUCUGGUGUUCAGCGACAGGCCAUUGCACAUGGGUGAGACGCUGUUUGUGGAGGUCGGCCAUCUGGGCUUGCCAUACUUUGGGGCACUUAUGUUCGGUGUGACCUCUUGUGAUCCAAGCACCUUGCGGGCCAGUGAGCUGCCUGCUGAUCCUGAAGCACUCCUUGAUCGCAAAGAGUACUGGGUGGUGUACCGUGGUAUUCCCACACCCAGCUCGGGGGAUGUGCUGAGCUUCACAUUGUUAGCCAGCGGCGAGGUCCACCAUGGCAUCAAUGGAGUGGCUCGUGGACGGCUUCUCUGCGUGGACUCGUCACAGGUCCUGUGGGCUUUUUUCACUCUACAUGGGGCUGUGAAUCGUCUCCGAAUCCUUGGGACCGUGCAGUCCAGCCCAAUGUCGACGUCCCCCUCUGGCUCACCAGGUGGAACUCCAGACGACAGUGACUCAGAUCUAGCGUUCAGUGUAAAUCGGUCCUCCUCCGCUUCAGAAUCCUCUCUAGUUACGGCCCCCAGCUCGCCCCUAAGCCCCCCUCUCUCGCCAGCGUUGUUGCCAUCAGAGCUUCCGCUGAGCAGCAAGAAUGGCGAGUGCACAGUCUGCUUCGACCAGGAGGUGGACACGGUCAUUUACACCUGUGGACACAUGUGUCUUUGCAAUGACUGUGGCCUGAAACUGAAGAAACAGAUUAAUGCAUGCUGCCCCAUCUGCCGGAGGCCUAUCAAGGACGUCAUUAAAACAUACCGGCCGUAAGGGGGUGGCGGAGUGCUCAGUGCUUUCUUGGCACACCAGUGCUAGAUUACACCAUCCAAGGCCCUUUUUUCAGCUUAACACACCCCCGUCCCAAUGUAUGGACCUGUAUCGCUCAGCUGGUCACCUUCUCUCACUCAAUGUUACCUGUCUGUGUCAUAACCCUGUUGAACGCUUAAAACACCAAAAUGGAACAGGAGGGAUGGUGGCUUUUACUCACCCAUCUUCUCUCCAUCUAGGAUUAGAGACCUGCUAGUGCCUUUGACUGUGAUCAACCACGUCUGUAUUGACCUAAGAGAUAAAGACAUGACAAUCACUUAUAUUUUUACAAGAAAAUCUCCAAAGGUAUUGGUCAUCAUUACCCCAAUAAUGCACCGUAGCAUUGCAAGAAUUUAUUUUUAACCUAAUAAGAAUAAUCCAGUGCAAAUUCAGAAUGAGCCUGGGUGUAUGAAAGGGAAUUUGAAAGUGAAAGUGAAAAUGCAUAAAUGUGAAUAGGAAAUGCACUAAGGAAAAACUGUGUGGCAACAUCCUGCUUGUAGGAAAUUUGUUUUAGUUGUGGUAAUGUCGAAGGCAAAGCUUAUGUGUGUUAACUGGCUUUAUGCUGCCAAAAUCAUCGUUAGUAUGUGAAAUGUAUAUAAGAAAAAUACAUAUCUUUCUUUUCAUUCAGCAUUUUUUUCAGUUCCUGCAUUUGGGGAAGAACUGAAACAACCAUGUACACUGUAGUCUCGAUGUAAUGCAGGACUGAUUAUAACAUCAUCAAGUGUGGGACCCUGUUAGCUGUUCCUGCACAUAAUAAUAAAUGGAUAAAUGCAGUAUAAUGUGGACUCGCUUAAAACAUGCUCAAAUAUCUCAGACCCUAGGUGUUAUUUCAUGUCUGUGGUGAAUUCCUAGGUACAGCACAAUACAUCUUCAAAAACACACAGACACUUGUCAUGGAAAUUUUUUGACAAAAAAUUUUGUUCAAAAAUUUAAAAUGUCCUGUCAUUCUUGUAGUUAAUAUGGAAAGACAAAAUACAAGCAUCCCUCGAUUCACGGAAUUAAUCCGGUUUUCGAAAAAAAGGCAGAUAUCAAAAUUUCAGACCCUGAAAGCCGAUUUCCCAUUAUUUUAAAUGAGGAAAAUAAUAAUAAUGUGUUCCCCACCAGGGGGCAUGGUGGC